AUGUCACUGACAUACUCUGCAGCCGCAUUGUCCCUUGCCAUCGUUACGUACGCAGCGACCUCUCGACGCCGUCGUCACGAGAAGCCCCUCCCGCCUGGGCCCUCUCCUCUACCGCUCAUUGGCAAUGUCCACCAGAUGGAUGGGUCAGAACCGUGGCUAACAUUCACUGAGUGGAAAGAUGGAUAUGGCGACGUCGUGUACUGCUCCCAAUUUGGUGUAGAAUCCGUCAUCCUCAAUACCGAGGAGGCAGCUCGGGACCUUAUGGAAAAGCGCUCCAGCAACUAUUCGGACAGGGUGCACUCGUCGCUCAGGGAACCAUAUGGCCUCGACUGGGACACUGUCUUCCUGCAACAUAAUGAGACGUGGCGCUUGCAUAGACGUGUCGCACAUCAGAGCCUACGCGAGCAUCACGUCGACGUCUUCCAGCCGACCCAGCUACGCUUCUCUGAGGCGCUCCUUAGUAACUUGGAGAAGCAUCCCAAGGACUGGCAUCAGCAUCUCGUCAGGUACGCGGGCAGCAUCAUGGUGUCCGCCCUCUAUGAUCACGACGUGGCGCCUGCAAACGACCCGGUAACUCAAGCAGUCACGGCGGCUACGGCACUAAGCAACAAGCUCGCUACGCCUGCUAAUAUGACUCUGAUUACCUUCCUCCCGUUUUUGAAGUAUACACCGACGUGGCUGCCCGGUGGCUGGAGGAACGCUGCCGAAGCGAGGAGGACACAAGGGAGGAAGUUGAAUCAGCCGUUUGAGUAUUUGAAGGAGAAGAUCGCAGCUGGAACGGUUGGCAACACGAUCGCCCUGGACGCACUGGAGAUGUUUAAGGGUUCGGACAAAUUUGGAGACUACGAGCAGUUGGUCAAGAAUGCGUGUGCAACUAUGUAUGGUGCUGGUGAAGACACGACAGCAUCGACCCUACUUGUCUUCUUUCUUGCAAUGUGCCGGAACCAACACGUUCAGAAACGUGCCCAAGAAGAGCUCGACACCGUCGUUGGCAUGGACCGUCUUCCUGACUUCAGCGACCGUGAUUCGCUGCCGUACAUCGAGGCAGUCUUCAGGGAGGUACGAAGAUGGCACCCCGUUACACCGCUUGGUAUCCCGCAUGCUGCGACAAAUGAUGACGUGUAUCGGGACUGGUUCAUUCCCAAAGGAACCACGGUGAUCGCGAACAUUUGGGCGAUGUCCCAAGACCCCACACGCUACCCCUCUCCAACCACAUUCGACCCCACACGCUUCCUCGACCCAGCGACCGGGCAGCUCACCAACGAUACGCUCAUGUUCAUCUGGGGCUUCGGCCGGCGCAUAUGCCCCGGGCGGCACUUUGCGGUGAACUCGGCGUGGAUUGCGAUCGCGAGACUCCUGGCAAGAUUUACGUUCGAGUUCGAACCGGAAUUUAUUGAGCGGGGCGCGGAGGUGAAGUGGGCUAAUGCUACGACUUCGAUCACGCCACGGAAGCCUGCCAAGGUGGAACGUGCCUCCGUGUGA